AUGAAUAGAACACCUUCUAAUUCUUUGUAUAUGAGAAAUUCUCGUAAUUCAUCUCAUUCUCCUACACCUUAGUAGAAAUUUAUAACUCCAGAGAAGCUUGUAAGAGUUAGUGGAAGUUCAGGAGUUAAGUAAAAUUCAAUUCAAAAGAAUGGAACCAGAAUUCGAAGUGAAGUAGUUGAGACUGUAAACAAAGUUAAAGAACUUAAAAAAUUAUAAGAGUACAUUUUAGAACUUGAAAAUAGUAAUAUUAAUUAAAGAGGUAGAUAAAAUUCCAAAGAGAAAUGAAGAAUAAGAAUAGUUGGAAAAAAGAAUAUUAAAAUUACUGUAAAAAAACCAUGAUUAAGAAUAAGAAAUAGAGAUAAUUAGAUAAGAAAAUGAACAAUUAAAAUAAUAAUUGAUUGAACAAUAGACAAAAAUAAUUGAACAAAAUUAAGAAAUAAUGACUCUUAAAUUACUAAAAGAUGGAAUUAAGAAAUAUAGUUUUAGUGAUUACUUCAAAUAAUAAAAUUAAUGA